UGACGGCUCUUUUUUGCGAUUAGGCGAGGACGAGAGGGCAGUGCGGUUCGGUGCGACUGGCGGCUGUGCGGCGUGAGUUCGAGGAUUUUCCCGCUGUCGUUUCUCGUCGUGUUUCGCGCGAGUCAGGAAAGGAUAGCGAGAGACGAAGAGAGAGAGAGAGAGAGAGAAAGAAAGGACGAAAGGUGGGGACGCUGAGAACGGAACGCGAAGGAGCGCGUUACGAGUUACGAGCCCGACGCCGUCGAGUCGCCAGUCGUGGAAAAAUAUACGGUCGAGUCUGUCGUCGGUGGCAAUCGGUUUUUCCCGCCGGAUUUUCGCGAGCGAACUGGCGCCAGCAGCAGCCGUCCGAGGCAGUCGUUCAGCAACGACGGCGGUGGCUCGGAUGUGUCGCUAGUGUGUAUAUAUACGUCACGCACGUGCAAUACCGAGGUCUCUCUCUCUCUCUCUCUCUCUUUUUCUCUUUCUUUCUCUUUCUUGUUGUGUGCAUAUAUACGAGCGUGGUGCGUGCGUCGUGUGCCGUGCGUGGUGCGUGAAUGCGUGCGGGCGUGCUCUCGGUCGGUGUCUCGAAAACCGAGGAGCGGAGAAAAGCCUUGGCGAGAUACCCGUGUGCGUGUACCCGUGCUGAUCAUCGGCAGCCCGUGAGUGGUGCGCGUUAGUGGUGGUGAACGCGGAGGAGAGAAAAGGACGAGUAGCCGAGAAGGAAGAGGAGAUAAAGAUGAGCAAGACGUGCGCCCGCUGCGAGAAGACGGUCUACCCGAUCGAGGAGCUCAAGUGCCUGGACAAGAUAUGGCACAAGCAGUGUUUCAAGUGUCAGGGCUGCGGUAUGACCCUGAACAUGCGGACGUACAAGGGUUUCAACAAACAGCCAUACUGCGAGGCACACAUACCAAAAGCCAAAGCCACCACGAUGGCGGAGACACCGGAGCUGAAGCGUAUUGCGGAGAACACGAAGAUACAGAGUAAUGUCAAGUAUCACGCCGAGUUCGAGAAGGCGAAGGGGAAGUUUACGCAAGUAGCGGACGAUCCGGAGACUCUUAGAAUCAAGCAGAACAGUAAGAUCAUCUCGAAUGUCGCUUAUCACGGCGAACUCGAGAAGAAAGCGAUCAUGGAGCAAAAGAGGACAAUGACCGGGGAAAACGGCGAGCAAAUAGAGUACGUAGAGUACACAGACGGUACGAUCGCACCUGCGUCGAGCAUAAAUGCCAAUCCGCCGCCUGCAAGGACGGCGAAUUCGCCGGUACAGAGGACACCAGGUAGGAUCGCCGAUUACGAUCCCCUUAGCGAAGCGAGGCCGAGUCCCUAUUCCGCAAGGCAAGCUGCUACGACUGUCAUUUAUACGAGCGACAAGGGACCAGUGACGAAUCCACCGACACGAAAAAUCGGAUCGGUUGCUGACAUCGACCCAGUGAACGAAUAUUAUGGAUCGUUAACGCCGGCCACAACGAUAAAUAAUAAUCAACAUCAACAUCAACAUCAAUCACCGCCACCGCCCUCCAACGUUGGAAGAGUGUACAGAGCGAUGUAUGACUACGAGGCGCAAGAUCUCGACGAAGUGAGCUUCUGCGACGGCGAUUUGAUUGUCAACUGCACAGCCGUCGACGAGGGUUGGAUGACUGGACUGGUGCAACGUACGGGACGACACGGCAUGCUACCCGCUAAUUAUGUCGAACCGGCGCAGAUUUAAAUGUUUCUUAGAUCGAGCUUCCAUUCGCUAAUUGUUGCCGCCACUCUGAUCGGAGCGUUUAACUAGGGCGCUUUGUUCCGAAAAAAUAGACGAUAUUUAAAAGAAAAUUACGUGAUACAAUACUCGAAAUAGCGUUUCUACUCGGCUCUUGUUAUUCGACCGAGGCAAUUUGUUCGAUUGAAACGGCGAACUGUCAUCUUAGAAAAUCAGAUAAUUAGAUAUUUUAGCUACUAAAGUGUUUUAUGAAGAAUCUUGAAACUUUGAUAUAAAAUCGAAUCGAUUUCUUGAUAUAAAUUUGCCCAUGACGUAUAUUUGGAUAAAAUCGAGUAUUCCAAGAUAAGUUGAUAAAAGAUUUGAAAAUAAAUAUCAAAAUUAGUUUUAUAAAUGCUCGAAACGAUGUACUUUGUGAGUAUCCAAAUUGAGUCCUCGACUUUUAGAUGACAAUACAUAGUUUCAUAUGUUAAAAUUCCAUGAGAUGGGACCAAACUUUACACAACUGCGAUAAAUUGUGCCGAUAACAAUUAAAAUUCUGACAGCUUGUGAAGCGACCCAUUAGCCUUGACCGACAAUUAAGAAGAAUUAAGUAUAAGAUACAUCUUUCAUACAAUGCAGUUUUCUGUAAAGCGUCACUUUUAUUUUUUACUAUUAGUCACGACUUAUCACUCUUCCGUUUCGAUGUGUUUUUUUUUAAGUUUAAAUUAUACUAUUAAAAUAUAAAUAUCAAGAAAGUAAAUUAAUUUGAUUCAACUAACAGGUUUUCUACGAGAGAGAGAGAGCCUUUUUCUGUUAAUCAUUUUUAUUGAUGAGAAUUUUAUGUUACUUGUUAUUCGAUAUAAAUUCUGACUAACCAUAUAAAUUAGACAGAUUUUUACAUUUCCGACCAUCUUGCAUUUAUAACUAACAUUCUGUUCUUCUUGUCAUUUUGUAAUAAUAUAGUCUUUUCAAUAUUUUCUUUUGCUUUUUCGGAGAUGUUCAUAAAAGUGUUUUAGACAUGAUAUUUAAAUUUCUUUCUAAUAACGAAAUGUGUUAUAAAACAAAAUUUUCUCUUGUAUUCGAAAAUAAAUAAUGCAAUGUGCCUUAUAGACUGCUAAAUAGUAGCGGAUUUUUUAUCAUAAUUGUAAGCUGCAUAUGAAAAUGCAUCGUAAUAGGGUAUUUAAAGAAAUAUCUACAAAUUUUUACUUGCCGCAUUAAUUUAAUUUGAUUUAAUGUAAAAAAAAAAUUGAUAAAUAAUCGUCUGCCUCUUUCUUUGACUAUAAAGCAAGUUAAAAUAAUGAGGAACAAAAUAUUAUUGACGCGAAAGAUGCUGACACUUGCCUUCCUUUUUAAUAAAAUACGAAAAUUAUUGUUAGCUACCGUUACUGAUUUUCAAUUAACGAUAUAAAUAUAAAUUAAUUAACCAAUAUUUUAUUACAUAGUUCUUAAGUUUUAUUUCGCAUGAUCCAUAUUUGUGCUUCGCAUUUCUUUCCAAAAUUGCAUUUACAUUGUUGGCAUAAGUUAUUAUAUUACUUGGCGAUUCUGAGGUUACCGAAUAAUACGAAAAUUUUGGAUCAAAAAUUAAUUGAUAUUUAGUUUAUUCUAAUGUCGAGCACUUUUUGUGAAAUUCCUAUUUUAAAAACGCAAUAUUAGUCGUGUUGGCUAACGUGAUUACUUUUAUAAGAUAGAUUUUUUUACUUCGACUCAUCAUUUGUGAACGUGUAGUAAUAAUCGCGCUUAAAAUUGAGAUCGUUGAUAAACUGUCAUGUUUAUCGUCGCGGGGUGCUUCUAAGUGCCUUGUUAUUGCGUUUUUAAAUUAAUAUUAAACUGGUUCCUCAGAAAUGUAUCUAUAUCUCAUUUUACCUGAAUAGGCAGAGUAUAUAAUGGAAUGACGUUCAAUGGAGAAUUGUACAGAUUAACGAAACGAAAAAAGUUUAUAAGUAAUUCGAUUCUAUCUACGAGUUACACGCGACAUCGUUCGACCUCGUUUAUAAAUGAAGAGAGAAUGAUAUUUUUGGAAACAUGUUACUCAGCACUCUUGUAAUUAUUAGAUCGCUAAGAGGAUUUCAUAUUUUAAUUGCAAAAUACAGAAAUAUAUAUUAGCGUUGUGUUUAGACAAAUAUUAUAUCAUAGCAUAAAUAAUAUGUAUGUUAUGUAAA